GUGGCGAACCGGAAGUGAGGUGCCCUGUACCGACGUGGCGGCUGCAUGGCGGACGCGGCCGUGUCUCAGCUGGAGGUGGCCGUGGUCGGCAUGGCGCUGUCUCCGAGCGAGCCCGGCCCGCGAGCCCACGACCACAACCACGACCACGACGACGCCGACUCGGCAGCGGCGUUGCCCGGUGCAGCCGAGGCGGCUGGAGACGGCGAGGGGACGGCCGAGACGCCGGAGGGUGCCGAGCAGAAGGGACUCGAAGUCGGCGGUGAUGGUGGUGAUGGUGAUGGUGGUGAUGGUGGUGCCGUCGCGCUUGAGGAGGCUUGGGGCUUCCCUGUCGCUGAGCUCUACAGACUCGCGCUCAAGUUCUACCGCGAAAAGGAUGGCAAGGCAUUUCACCUGAGCUACGCGGACAAGCUGAAGCUUGUGGCUCUGUCGCGCCAGGUCUCCGCUGGGCCCUUCAGCCCCGACUCCAGUCCUGACGUAGGAUACCUGGACGUGUUGGGAAAUGACCGCAGGCGUGAGUGGGCGGCGCUGGGCGACAUGUCCAAGGAAGACGCUAUGGUCGGCUUCGUGAACCUCCUCAACGGCUGCUGCCAGCUCUUCGCCCCCUACACCACCUCGCACCGCAUCCAGAAGCAGGAGCAGGAGCGCAUACGGCGCGAGCAGGAGGAGUUGCGCCGUCAGCAAGAGGAGGAGCGGGAGCGAGCACGGCAGGAAGAGGAGAGGAGGCGGCUUGAGGAGGAGGAGCGGGAGAGGAGGGAGGAGGAGUUGCGACAGCGUGCUGACGAGGAGCGCUUGCGGCAGGAGCAGCAGAAGCAGCAGAUAAUGGCGGCACUGAAUGCGCAGACCGCUGCACAGUUCCAGCAUUACGCGGCGCAGCAGUACCCGGGCAACUACGAGCAGCAGCAGGCGCUCAUUGCCCAGCUGCAGGAACAGCACUACCAGCAGUACAUGGCCCAACUCUACCAGAUACAGAUGCAGCAGCAACAGGCUGCGUUGCUCAGGCAGCAGCAGCACCAGCAGCAGAACGGCGACGGCGUGGCGGGGGGGGCAGCCCCCCAAGAAGGCUGGGCCGGUACGGGCGACGGGGCCACCCAGCUGGAGGACGCGACGAUCGGACCCACGGAUCCUGCGGCGGCGGGACUCGGGGGCCCACCGGGCGAGGCGGGGGACACGGAGACGGCCGAGGAAGGGAUGGAGAACGGACCCAGCGACCUGCGGCGGAGCAUCGCGGCGCCCUCCAUGUGGACGCGGCCCCAGAUCGCCGACUUCAAGAUGAAGGUGCGGCAGGACGCGGACUCUGUGCUGACGGUGGGGCGCGGCGAGGUGCUGACGGUGCGCGUACCCACGCACCGCGACGGCGCAUACCUCUUCUGGGAGUUCGCCACCGACCACUACGACAUCGGCUUCGGGGUGCUGUUCGAGUGGAACGCCGAGCCGCCUAGCGGCGUGAGCGUGCACGUGAGCGAGUCGAGCGAGGACGACGAGGAGGAGGAGGCCGGGGAAGGCGGAAGCGUGGCCGGGUCUGGCAAAGCUGCAGGGGCCAAGGCUGGCACCCCCAAGCCCGUGCUAGGCGAGGUGGUCCCCGUGUAUAGGAGGGACUGCUACACCGAGGUGUACGCUGGCAGCCACCAGUACCCGGGCACCGGCACCUACCUGCUCAAGUUCGACAACUCGUACUCGUUGUGGCGGGCCAAGACAGUCUACUACCGCGUCUACUACACCAGAUAGAGCCAGCCCCACCCCCAGAGCGCCUUGCCCUGCCUCUCUUUUACCUCUCCCAACUAGCGCCGUUCUUUCGUGGCUGUCUGUCCUCACUCUCUCCCUUUCUCUCUUUUUGUCUUGCACUGAAACGAGCACUGAGGCGUGGCAAGGAGGGGGCUACGUUGUGAAUGGAAAUGGCGUUGUUUGAUCUACACGGCGGCAAGGCUCUGGCGUGUGCUCCUCACUCUCACCAACUCGUGCUAUCUCUCCCUUGCUAGCUCUUUCUUUCAGACAGUUCACUAGUGGAGAUAGUUACUUGUGGAGAUGGUUACUUGUGGAGAUAGUUACGUGUGGCAUGGGGGAAUGAUGGAUGCUUCUCAGUUCUCGUCGAGUGCUUUGCCCUCCGAACCAGAAAUUUUCUCGGUUCGUCACCAGAGGUGUCAACUGGGAGCCGAGAGAUAUCUUGGGCAACAUUAAUGCAAAGUGACAUGAUAAAUCACUUCCUUUGGUGUGGGGGCACGGUUUUGAGUGGUACAUCACGCGUUAAUGAACAGCCUGCUAAAAAGGCCGCACCUUUAUUGCGGCGUUAAUGGCAGGAAUGGCCACGCAUGACACGACACUAUUCUAGGGUGUGACGAUGCAUUCUUCCAUCAGCUCUAAGAAUCGCCACGUUUUUCCACCGAUUUUUUUGUUGUUACCAGCUGAUUCACAAAACCAAGCACCCCCCCCCCCCACCCCACCCUGCUUUAAUUGGACUGCUUUCUAAUCAGUCCUGGUUCAUUUCACAUCUGGAAAGCUUCCUGAAAAUGAUUUGCGGAGCCUGCCGUGUUUGCACCACCUAAUUGAUUAGACUUCUCUGCCUCCCCGUCAAUGCCCAUGUACCCACCCAGCUUGUACACGUGUCAUCUUGUAUAAUACAAUCUACGCCCUAUGCUUAGUCCAACACCCCUCAAGCUUUUGAGUUUCAGGCUGCUUGCGUAAUUGCACACCGGAUUUCAUCUUGUUGCACUCUUCUCUCCCCCUCACUCCCCUCCCCUCUUCCCGUCCUCACUCUGCAGGGCACACACUUUUUCACGCUAUUUUGUUGCGGCGAAGUUGGAGGGUCAACUUUCAUAAAACGCAUCGCGUGCAGUUUUCUUUGUUAUCGAUUUAAUCCGAUAAUUUUUGUGGAGGCCGUUUUGUUUAAAAAUGUGUAUGAUAUUUCUUUGGGGGUUACCGGGCAGGGGAGGGGGGUAAUGGAGAAUGAGUUGGUGGUUCCUGUUGUGGGGAGAAGGCACUACUUUGAUUUGUGCGCGUGCCUACUAUGGAUUCGUUUGCUUGCGGUGUAUAGAUAGGUUUGCGAAGCCUCGAUGUUGGGACGAGGACUGGGGGAGUGGCUGAAUGCAGGUGCAAGUACGGUGAUGGGGAAGGGGGGGGGGGUGAGGUUUUGUAUUGGUUUGGUCUUGUCUCCAUUACCGACCCUCUUUACUUGUAAAAUGCAUUAUAAUUUAAUUCGUUAUUCUCAUCGCACUGAUUGCUUCGAGUGCUAGUCGUGUGCUGGAGUGUCUGAGCCUCAAUAAGGUUACCUUGGGGUUAGAGCUGGACGGCAUUAAAGUGAUCAAGACAUGCGUCACGACGUAUAGCGUUA